UCCUGCAGGUCCCAUCCCGCAGCGUCCUACCCGCGCGCUCCUCGCCCCCUUCCCGCGCAGAGGCGCCCGCCGGUGUUGCCAGCGCAGCCAUGGCUCAGCACUUCUCCCUGGCCUCCUGCGACGUGGUGGGCUUCGACCUGGACCACACUCUCUGUCGCUACAACCUGCCCGAGAGCGCCCCGCUCAUUUAUAAUAGCUUUGCUCAGUUCCUGGUCAAGGAGAAAGGAUAUGGCAAGGAAUUACUCACUGUGACUCCAGAGGAUUGGGAUUUCUGUUGCAAGGGCUUAGCCUUGGAUCUGGAAGAUGGGAACUUCAUUAAACUUGCAGAUAACGGCACUGUCCUCAGGGCAAGCCAUGGCACAAAGAUGAUGGCUCCCGAGGAGCUGGCCGAGGAAUAUGGCAGGAAGAAGUGGAAGUACUUCAUGUCAGACACUGGAAUGGCUUGCCGGUCAGGAAAAUACUAUUUUUAUGAUAACUACUUUGACCUGCCAGGAGCUCUUCUAUGUGCCAGAGUGGUGGACUCUUUAACAAAGGAGAACAAUGGUCAGAAAACAUUUGAUUUUUGGAAGGAUAUAGUUGCUAGUAUACAACACAAUUAUAAAGUGUCAGCUUUUAAGGAAAACUGUGGAAUGUAUUUUCCAGAAAUAAAAAGAGAUCCAGGCAGGUAUUUACACAGAUGUCCUGAAUCCGUAAAAAAGUGGCUUCGACAGCUAAAGAAUGCUGGGAAAAUUCUUCUGUUAAUCACUAGUUCUCACAGUGAUUACUGUAGACUUCUCUGCAAACAUAUCCUUGGGAAUGAUUUUGCCGAUCUUUUUGACAUUGUGAUUACAAAUGCACUGAAGCCUGGUUUCUUCUCCCAUUUACCAAGUCAGAGACCUUUCCGGACACUAGAGAAUGACGAGGAGCAGGAGCCACUGCCAUCUCUGGAUAAACCUGGCUGGUACUCCCAAGGGAACGCUGUCCACUUGUACGAACUUCUGAAGAAAAUGACUGGCAAACCUGAACCCAAGGUUGUUUACUUUGGUGACAGCAUGCAUUCAGAUAUUUACCCAGCCCGUCAUUAUAGUAAUUGGGAGACAGUCCUCAUCCUGGAAGAGCUCAAAGGGGAAAGAGACGUGAAACCUGAGGAAUCAGAGCCUCUAGAGAAGAGAGGAAAAUACGAGGGACAGAAGACAAAGCCUCUAAAUUCAUCAUCUAAAAAAUGGGGCUCUUUUUUUAUCGAUUCUGUUUCGAGACUGGAAAAUACAGAAGACUCCUUGGUUUAUACAUGGUCUUGUAAGAGAAUCAGUACUUACAGCACUAUUGCAAUUCCAAGUAUUGAAGCAAUAGCAGAAUUGCCCCUGGACUACAAGUUUACAAGAUUCUCUUCAAACAAUUCAAAAAUGGCUGGCUACUAUCCAAACCCUCCAUUGGUUUUAUCAAAUGUUGAAACGCGGACAACAAAAUAACUUUUCUUUACUCCAAAAGGAAAUAAAGAACCAUAUACACAGCAAAUGUACUGUAAAAAUUAAAAAAAAAUUUAAAUAGUAUAAAAUGCUUUAUAGGAACAAAUUCUUAAUGAAAAUUGACCAAGAAAUUGAUGUUUUUUAGUAGGUCACCUUUCUAUAUAGAUCAUCUUGAUGCCCAACAGCUCUCAUUAUAUUAAAAUCUCAAUAUCUAGAACUGAAAAGAACCUUAUUAAUUUUGUAUAUACCAAUAAUUCUGAGAUUAGAAUUCAUCUGGGGAGAUAUAUAUAUACAGACACACACAUACAUACACACACACAUAUUUACACUAUGGUUCUAAAAGCGUGGUCCCAAACCACCAGCAUAGCAUCACCUGAGAACUUGAUAGAAAUGCCAAUUUGCAGGUCCCACCCCAGAUCUACAGAAUUAGAAACUCUGGAAACAGGGCCCAGGAACCUGUGUUUAAUAAUAGUGUGAUUCACACUAUUAUUUAUUAAUUUAUAAAUAAAUUUGUACUAUUUAAUAAUAAUGUGAAUUAUUUCUGGCUGGACCAUAACCUCCAGAGACUGGUUGAAAUGGACUCGGGUAUAGAUUAACCUUGACAAACAUCUUUUAUGUGCCUCAGGAAAACAUAGCCAGAAUUAGGGACAACUGAUCUACACCAGCUCUUUCAAUUUAUACCCAAGAACACUGAAUCUGGUGAGAUUAAAUGAUUAUUCCAAGCUAUCAGGUUUUAUGCUAUUCUUGUGUUUUCCAAAACAAGGAAAUAAAAGAGACAUGAUUUCUUCUAAGACCACACAGCCAGUAUGGGACAGAGAUGAUACCAGAAGCCAACUAUUUCAGCCUCCAGUGUUACCUGUUAGGUUCUCCCUUAAUGUUAAAGGCCAUUUAAUUCAUUUUCAUUCACUUUAAAGUAUGUGUUCUCAAUGGGACAAACAUUGGUUCUUGGGGUGAAAAAAAUAUUAGACAAUGCAAUGGACAGUCGCCCUCCAAAGCUAAACAUUACCCAAUAAAAAUCUUAUUCCUUAGUAUUAAUUUUUCUCAUUAAAGACAAAUACAAAGUUAAAUUUAUUAAUUAAAUUUGAGUUAUAUUUAAUUUUUCUUCCUGGGAAGGGGAUGAUAAUGAAAAAAAAGGUUGAGAAAAACUGGUUUAAGAGUUUUUAUACAUAUACUGCAAUACAGGAUUACUGUGUUCUUUGUGUGCUAUAUAUGGUCAUAUUAGUAGCUAUUUGUUGCAAGAUGUUAGGAGCCAGGUAAUGUUUACAAUAUAAAUUCUGGCUACUCUUUAUAUUGUGGUUUCAUUCUGUUUAUCAUGGACAAUAUCAGAAAACAUACUGGUCACUAUCAAUAUCAUUACUUGGUCUAUAGCAGAGAACUUAGCAUGUUGAUGCAUGCAAUGAAAAGAUAAAUAUUUUGUUAAAAUUUUUUAAUCUUCAAGUAAUCCCAAAUAUAAUGUGGGGACAGGUAUCUCAGGGUGUGUAAGCAGUUACUGAAAUUAUUUUCUCAAAGUCAGUUGCUCUCUGAUAUCUACUAAUAAGUAUAUGGUAAUGUGAAAUUGAUUUCCAGAAUCAUUGGAAUAUGAUAACAAGCACACACGGUCAAGCUUAAGACUAAAUGAUAUAUGCUGUCUUGUGUAUACUUUCAAUAUACAUUUGAUUUCUUUUAAAAAUAAAGCUAUUUUUUCUUACA